AUGAACACCCACACCAGACAACCCGUUCCGCCGCCUAGGUCUUCAGUCGACUCCAAGCCGGAGAAACACGAAACGCUUAGUCUCGACGACAGUAAGUCGGAUCUGGGUUCUCCACAAGGUGAAGGACUGCGUUCUACAAGCAGCAGCACAAUCGCGACCGAGCCAGAACCUCCUGUUAGCCGUUCUGCGAGUCGAUUGCAUGGAACACGAUCACACCUGUCUGAACGACCGCACUCCCACAAUGGGCAAGGCGAUGCGAUGGAAGAUGUUGAAAAGCAAAAGACGCAGGACGACCAGGGCGAGUCGGAGAAGGAUCCCAACCUCAUAGGAUGGGAUGGUCCUGAGGACGCCGAAAAUCCUCAAAACUGGGGCAAAGGAUACAAGUGGUUCAUCACAACCAUACUCGGCACGGUUACGUUCGUGAUCACAUUCGCCAGCAGUGUGUUCAGUACAGCGACACUGGCCACUGCCCAACACUUCAAUGUAUCGAACGAAGUCAUGAUUCUUGGAACUUCGCUGUUCGUUCUUGGUUUCGCUGUUGGGCCACCUAUCUGGGGUCCUCUAUCUGAGCUCUACGGCAGGAAGUAUCCGUUGUUCAUCGGCUUCUUCAUCUUCGCAAUAUUCCAGAUUCCGGUGGCUGUGGCGCAGAAUCUUCAGACAGUCAUGCUUUGCCGCUUCUUUGGCGGUGUGUUCGGAUCUGCGCCGCUCGGUAUUGUCGGAGGCCAACUCACGGAUUUCUGGGGUCCUCUCGAUCGCGGCGUCGCAAUGGUCACUUUCGCAGGUGCAACUUUUAUUGGCCCUGUUGCUGGUCCCAUCGUUGGUGGUUUCAUUGUGAACAGUCACCUUGGUUGGAGAUGGACCGAGUACAUAACUGCUAUCAUGGCUUUCUUCUUUGGUACAGUAGGUUUCCUCACAGUACCAGAAACCUUUGCGCCUGUUUUACUUUCCCGGCGCGCGAGCAAGAUCCGCUUCGCGACGAAGAACUGGGCCAUCCACGCCAAGCGCGAUGAGCAGCAAGUCGAUCUCAAGAACAUCGCGGAGAAGUACCUUCUCAGACCUUUCGCCAUGCUGCUGAAGGAACCGAUCCUUGACCUCGUCACUCUCUAUAUGGCUAUCAUCUAUGGUAUCCUGUACCUAUUAUUCGAAGCAUACCCGAUCUCAUUUCAAGAAGAGCGCGGCUGGAACUCUGGCGUCGGGGCCCUACCUUUCCUUUCGAUUACCAUCGGUGUCGUGCUGGGCGGAGGCAUCAUCAUCUUCACCACCAAGACGCGCUUUGCCAGGAAGUUCAAGGAGAACAACGGUGUUGUAGUUCCCGAGGAACGUCUAAUCCCCAUGAUCAUUGGCGGCUUCUUGUUUCCUGCAGGCAUGUUCUGGUUCGCUUGGACCUCGUCGCCAAACAUCACCUGGGUACCUCAGGUGCUCUCUGGCAUCUUCAUCGGUGCCGGUGUGCUUAUGAUCUUCUUGCAAGGGCUGAACUAUAUCAUCGAUUGUUACCUCAUGUACGCCAACAGUGCGAUUGCUGCAAAUACCUUCCUAAGGAGCGGUUUUGGAGCCGGCUUCCCUUUGUUCGCGACCGCUAUGUAUCACACGCUUGGUGUGAGUUGGGCGACGAGUCUGCUGGGUUUCAUCACCACGGCAAUGAUUCCUGUCCCCAUCUUGUUCUACUUUUAUGGAGCGAAGAUCAGGAAGAUGUCGAAGUAUUCCCCCACAUAG